AUGGUUUCGUUCCGCGCUCUGUUCGUCGCCGCCACCGCUGCGCUGGUCGGCUCCACCGCCGCCACCGAGGCUGCCGGCGCCAAGCUGCCCGUCUUCUUCUUCCACGGUGCCACGGGCAACAAGACCAACGGCGCCGAGAUCGAGGCCAACCUCAAGGCCGAGGGCCGCACGUACGUGGCCCUCGACUUCUGCCAGAACGCGUGCUCGGUGCGUACGGCCCUGUCGACCCAGGUGCAGAUGGCCAUUAAGCAGAUCCGCGGCAUCGUGGCCGCGAGCCCCGCCACCUACGCCAACGGCUACCACUUCCUGGCCCACUCGCAGGGCGGCUCGGUGGCCCGUGGCGUGGUCGAGGAAAUGGACGACCACAACGUACACUCGUACAUCUCCAUGGCCGGUGACGGCCAUGGCAACUUCUUCGGCCCGCAGGCCUCGGACGCCGUGCCGCUCCAGGUGCUGCUGCAGGCCCUCGGCCCGUACGCCAUCGACAAGGCCGACUUCGACUUCGCCAAGUACGCGGCCGACUCGACCUCGUGGAAUGGCAAGUUCCAGAGCGACCUGAUCCAGACGAUCACCACGAACCAGGCGCUGCAGGGCAAGAGCUCCAUCGCCAACAUCAUCACGCCCCCGCUGGCCGGCGCCGCGCUCAACAACUGGCUCGACAACGACCCGUUCCUGCCCAAGGUCAACAACCUGCAGAACUGCGGUGCCGACGCCAAGUGCAAGGCCGACCAGGCCCGCCGCAAGGCCAACUUCUCCAAGCUCAAGGCCGCGCACUUCUUCGCCUCCCCGCAGGACGACAUCCAGGCCCCGUGGCAGACCUGCAUCCUGGGCAAGUACUCGACGGUGGGCUCCGUGGCCGAGGUCAACUCCAAGUUCAGCACGCUCAAGAUCGUCGACAUGAAGCAGACGGCCGAGUACACGGACGACCUGUACGGCCUCAAGACCCUCGACACGUCCGGCCGCUUGCACAUCCACCAGGUGCCCAACGUGCCGCACAACUGCUGGCUCUUCGACUACACGUCGCUGGCCACCAAGGUGCUCUGCAAGCACAAACCCGUGUACGACGCCCAGAUCUACCCCGUGCUGGUCUAA